UCUAACUUCAAAGAUCCCAUGCAUUUCUGGACCACCAUAACACACAAAACAAACCCCACUUUUUUCUCCUUUUCAUUUUGUAUUUCCUUUGUAAUUUUCCAAUUUCCAUCAUCAUCAAUCAUACUCCUUGAGAGUUGAGAGAGAGAAGCAAGAGAGAGAAAACUAAAAGGAAAGUGGGAUGUUUCUCAUUUUCCUAUCAAGAAAGACUAGUAACACCACAUAGACGAGGAAAAAAACCCAUGAAGCAGAAUUCAUCAGAUUAGGUCGGACUCAGAAGAGGGUCUUCUCACCUCCCCAUCCAUAUCUGCUUUGACUGUCUCUCUUUAUAUGUUGCUGUCAGGAUUACUUCUGUUGCACACACCACCGUGAUUCCAUAGCUGGCCUGAUUUUGAGCUGAUAAACUGCGGAGGAGGAUUAAAAAUACAAUGGGUGGGUUUGAUGACCAUGUUGCUAUGAUGGGAGAUUGGAUGCCCCCCAAUCCAAGCCCCAGAGCUUUUUUCUCAGCCGCGUGGGGCGAUGAUAUCAGCUCAAGAUCAAUUUUAGAAUCUCCAGCAGAAAACAAAACCGAUGACAAGGAUUGGAUGCGAAUUGGUGGAGCCAGCGAUCAAUUGACUAAAUCAAAUCCUUUUGCUGACCAGAAAAUGAGCUCACGCGGAGGUCUUUUGGAACGGAUGGCUGCUAGAGCUGGGUUUAAUGCUCCAAGGUUGAAUACAGAAAGCAUCAGACCUGCAGACCUGUCACUAGACCCAGAUGUUAGGUCUCCUUACCUCACAAUUCCGCCUGGUCUCAGUCCGACAUCCCUGCUAGAAUCUCCAGUUUUCCUCGCGAAUUCACUGGUUCAGCCAUCUCCAACAACGGGGAAGAUCCCUUUUGCCCCUGGUAGUAGCAGCAGAAGCUCAACCUUGAUCACAGAGUCCUCUGAUAAAAGUAGAAAUUUCUUUGAGGACAUUAGUUCCUCAUCAUUUGCAUUCAAGCCCAUCGCAGAAUCCAGCCCCUCUCUAUUUUUUGGUGCUGCAAGCAAACAAAACUUUCCCAGCAUUGAGGUUUCUGUUCAGCCCGAAAACACUCUUCGCUGUCAAAGUGCAGAACCUGCUAAAGUACAGUCUCAAAGUGCAGAACAUUCACCUCCACCUGAUGACCAGCAAGAUGAGGAUGCAGAUCAAAGAGGUGGUGGAGACACCAUGGCCGGUGGUGGUGCCCCAUCAGAGGAUGGGUUUAAUUGGAGAAAAUAUGGACAAAAACAAGUAAAAGGUAGCGAGUAUCCAAGAAGUUACUACAAAUGCACGCAUCCAAAUUGUCCAGUCAAGAAGAAGGUUGAACGGUCUCAUGAGGGCCACAUUACGGAAAUCAUAUACAAGGGGACCCACAAUCACCCGAAACCCCCACCCAAUCGCAGAUCAGUCAUUGGAUCCUCCAAUCUGACAACAGAAAUGCAACUUGACACUGCUGAUCAAGCAGGAACACAGAUUGGUGCUGAUGGUGAUCCAGUGUGGACAAUCAUGCAAAAGGAAACUGCUGGUGGAUCCCAUGACUGGAGGAAUGGAAAUCUCGAGGUUGGUGGUGAAUUUAAUGGACCUAAUUCUUUGCAAGGUCAGAUUGGCGUUCACUUCGAAUCGGGUGAUGCAGUGGAUGGCUGUUCUACUUUUACGAACGAAGAAGACGAAGAUGAUAGAGGGACACAUGGCAGUGAAUCAUUAGGUUAUGAUGGGGAAGGAGAUGAAUCUGACUCGAAGAGAAGGAAAAUCGAAGCGUAUGCAACAGAAAUGAGUGGGGCCACCAGAGCUAUUAGGGAGCCUAGAGUCGUGGUCCAAACGACCAGCGAGGUGGAUAUCCUUGAAGAUGGUUAUCGUUGGCGCAAGUACGGGCAGAAAGUUGUGAAAGGAAAUCCAAAUCCAAGGAGUUAUUAUAAGUGCACUAGUGCCGGCUGCACAGUAAGGAAACAUGUGGAAAGGGCUUCGCAUGACCUCAAGUCGGUGAUCACUACGUACGAGGGGAAGCACAACCACGAUGUUCCAGCUGCUCGUAACAGCAGUCAUGUUAACUCAACCAAUGGGCCAGCCCAACCUGGUGCUUCCGGUCCAGCCCAUCUUCACAGGCCCGAGGCGUCUCAAGUCCACAACAACAUGGCUCGAUUUGAUAGGACUCCUGCAAUGAGUUCAUUUGGAAGGCAGCAGCAGUUGGGACCUCCCCAUGGCUUUGCUUAUGGAAUGAACCAACCAGGGCUCGCCAAUUUGGCAAUGGCCGGACUGGGCCACAACCAAGGCAUGCUGCCCAUCCAUCCGUAUUUAGGUCAGCAACGCUUGGUGAAUGAAAUGGGUUUCAUGUUGCCAAAAGGCGAACCAAAGGUAGAGCCUCUUUCAGAACCUCCCCUGAACCAGCUCCCAAAUGGGUCAUCAUCAGUUUAUAGCCAAUUCAUGAGUAGGUUACAGAUGUAAAUUAUUUUUCUUUUCUUUUCUUUUUUUCCCGUUUUUCUACCAAAGAAAGGAAAGUAGAAAAGAUUAAACGUUUCUAUGUUUGCGUUGGUAUUACAUUGGUGAUGAAUUUUUGUCGGGGUUUCGUUAAGAGUUUUUUGUUGUUGCAACUGACGUUUAGGCUCUAUCUUUCCGUAUUCAUCAUAAUAUACUAGUAUAUUUCAUUA